GCUCAAACGGAUCUCACCACUUACGUUACGCUGGUUUCCGUUGUGCAGGAUCAUAUUCCGGGUACGAAUAAGCCAUUUUUUCUUGGCAUAUUAUUUCUUUAUGGAGCUCAACCGCCCCCUCAGAUUUGAAGUUCAUGAAGAGUUCAAAGUCUACUUAAUAAUUACAGGAGCAUAGUCGAAGCUGUCUGAGGAAAACUUUUGGUGAGUCAGUUAUGUUUGGUUUUCUCUGUUCAAGACAGCUACUACCACUCAAACACAGAAGGACCCAUUUGGGUUUUCUUCAGCAAAAUGGUUUCUUUAUUGUCAAAUCGUUUACAUCAGUAGGUAGUUUAUCUGAAUCUAAUCAAAAACCAGAAGAAGAGGGAAAACAUUCUUUUGCAGUGUUUUACCUCAUCAACUCUUGUGGGUUGUCCACAAAAUCUGCAAUUUUAGCAUCCCAGAGGGUACUAUUUCAGAGCCCAGAGAGACCAGACUCAGUGCUGAAUUUUUUCAAAGAGAAUGGAUUCAGCAAUGCCCAAAUCUCCCGAAUCGUCAGGAUGCUUCCACUGAUUCUUUUAUCUCAUCCUGAGAAGACCCUUUUGCCCAAGAUUGAGCUUUUGCGUUCCAUAGGGGUUUCGAGCUCUGACCUCAUUACCAUUCUCUCUUUAAACCCAUUUCUGUUCAGAAGCAGCAUAAAGAAACGUCUUAUCCCCUGCUAUGAUUUCCUCAAGAGUGUACUUCUUGUUGACGAGAAAGUCCUGACAACUUUCAAGCGCUCACCACGGGCUUUUCUAUGUGAUGUACCGAAAACUGUAGCUCCAAACAUUUCACUUUUGAGACAACUUGGAGCGCCUCCAUCGACAAUCUCUUUCCUGGUAACUAAUUAUCCAUCUGCAGCGUUUACAAAGCAUGCUAAGUUUGUUGAGGUUGUCCACCAGGUUAUGGAAAUGGGAUUCGAUCCCACGAAAACGGUGUUUGUCCUGGCAAUCCAAGUGUUGUUGAAGAUGAGUAAACCAAAGCUGGAAUCAAGAUUGGAGCUUUAUAAGAGGUGGGGUUGGCCAAAGGACAUGGCGCUCGCUGCAUUUAAAAGCUUUCCAAAUUGUAUGCUAUCUUCAGAAGAGAAGAUCACGAAAACAAUGGAUUUCCUUGUGAACAAAAUUGGGUGGCCAUCAGCAAAUAUAGCUAGAAAUCCUUCCGUUAUAACUUUAAGCUUGGAAAACAAAAUUAUCCCUCGGUGUUCUGUUGUUCAAAUUUUGCUAGCCAAGGGUUUGGUUAAGAAUAACUUGGCUGUGGGGACUUUCUUGCGACCGUCAGAGAGGAUAUUUUUGGAGAAGUUUGUGAUCAGAUUCCAAGAUGAUGUUCCUGAAUUGUUGAAUGUAUAUCAGGGUAAGAUGUCUUCUGGAUGUAGGAUUUCAGUCUGAGAAGCAUUUGUUUUCGUUCUUGCUUCUGAUAAAUGUGUGUGAAAGUGCUGGAGUUGGCUGGAUAUGCAGCUCGUGACAACAAGAAGAACAAGAUCAUUCCAUGGCAUGUUCUGCUGGCUGUGAGGAACGAUGCAGAGCUUGGGAAGUUACCGUUGCUCAUGGCGGUGUCCUUCCCAACAAUAAGAUGGCGGAGAAGGCUGCCAAAGAGUCCAAGUCUCCAUCCAGGGCCACCAAGCUCUAAAGAAGGCUUCGCUUUCUCUAGUCAAUCGAGUUGCUUCUUUUUCAUUUGUAUGUAAUCUAGGUGUAGGAUGGAUCUUGUUUUUUGUUAUUUGUGUAGGGCAAAAUUGAUGAUUUUGAAAGAUCUUGUAACCUCUUUGUUAGGAUUUUCUCUGAAAUUAAUGGAUGAAACCAUUUGGUUCA